AUGGUGAAGAAGAAGAACCCGUUGGUUUUUAUGGACGUGUGUAUUGAUGGCGAUCCUAAGGAGAGAAUGGUUUUUGAGCUUUUCUCGGACAUUGUUCCCAAGACUGCAGAAAAUUUUCGUGCUCUUUGUACAGGCGAGAAAGGAAUUGGUCCUAAAUCUGAAAGACCAUUGCACUACAAGGGAUCCUUUUUCCAUCGCAUCAUUAAAGGUUCCAUGGCUCAGGAUUACAGGGCUGAUGGUCACGACUGCAUUUCUUGUGAUGUAGGUGGUGAUAUUUUGAAACGAGAUGGGACCUUUGGAGAGAGCAUAUAUGGGGACAAGUUUCCAGAUGAGUAUCCAAAGCUAAAACAUGAUGAACCUGGUCUUCUGUCCAUGUCGAUUGCUGAUCGUGACACUUUAGGUUCUCAAUUUAUUAUUACUUUUAGGGCUAAUCAUCAUCUCGACAGGAAGUAUGUAGUCUUUGGGAAGCUUGUGCAAGGAGAUAAAGUACUGAAGAAUAUUGAAGAUGUGGGGGAUGAAGAAGGGAUACCCACUGUAACAGUGAAAAUAGUCAAUUGUGGUGAAUUCAUCGAGGACAAAAAGAAACUAAAUAAACUGAAAAUGGAGAAGCACAAGAAAUCUUCUAGGGAAAGAAAGAAGAGGAGGAGGAGAAACUAUUUGUCUGACUCAGAGAGUUCAUCUGAUUCUGAUAUGGAAUCAUCGGAAUCCGAUAGUGAUUCUGACUCUUCUAUGUCAUCAUCAUCUGACAUUAGUUCUUCAAGUGAGGACAGGCGUAGGAAGAGAAAGAGAACUUCUAAACGAGACAAACAUAGACGUGGGAAAAAAAGAGAUAAGCGACGUGAAAAAAGGCGAAAGAGACGCGACAAGCGAUCCAAACAUAGAUCAAGAAGAUCGUCAGAUAGUAUGACAGAUGCUGAGAGUGAGAGUGAAACCAGCUCUGAUGAUGAUCCUCUUGAUGCUCGUAAGGAGAGAAAGCGUAGAGACCCUUCUCGGAAAACUGCUGAGGAUCAAUCUACUGUGGUUUUGGAGGAAGAAGCUGCCUCCCUUCCUCGUAGAAGAAAGGAGGAACCUGAUAUACUUGAAAAGGAAGAUGAUGAAUUCCCCAAGGAAAAUGGAUCGCGACGAAGUAAUGGCAUUGAGGCAGAUGCUAAAUCCUAUGGAAGUGAAGAUAGACAACCUGAUAUCAGAUAUGAUCACCCAGGAAAAUCUAGGUCUAGUUUCCAUUCUUGUCACACCUCAGUUAUUCUUUAUGCUUACAGAUUCUUCCAGAUCUGUAUUUUAUUGAAAGUUGAUGAGCAGGAGCCAAAGCAUGAGUCCCAAGAGGACUAUGAGUAA